AAAAGUACUUAAUUUUAAUAUUCUAAUAUGCCGUACGCAAAUCAGCCGUCAGUUCAAAUUACUGAUUUAACAGACGAAAAUGUUAAAUUUGUUAUUGAAGAUACAGAGUUAAGUGUAGCAAAUAGCUUACGCAGAGUGUUUCUGGCAGAAACUCCGACAUUAGCGAUAGAUUGGAUUCAAUUAGAGGCUAAUUCAACUGUUUUGAGUGAUGAAUUUUUAGCCCAUCGUAUUGGAUUGAUACCUCUAGUGUCAGAUGAUGUUGUGGAUAGAAUACAAUAUACUAGAGAUUGUACAUGUAUGGACUUUUGUCCAGAAUGCAGUGUGGAAUUUACUCUUGAUGUAAAAUGUACAGACGAUCAAACAAGGCAUGUAACCACAGCUGACUUAAAAUCUAGUGAUGCCAGGGUUAUGCCUGUUACAUCUAGACAUCGUGAUGAAGAUCAAAGUGAAUAUGGAGAAACUGAUGAAAUUUUAAUAAUUAAACUUCGUAAAGGACAAGAACUAAAACUACGAGCAUAUGCAAAGAAAGGUUUCGGUAAGGAACAUGCAAAAUGGAAUCCCACAGCUGGAGUAUGUUUUGAAUAUGAUCCAGAUAAUAGUAUGCGUCACACUCUUUUUCCAAAACCUGAUGAAUGGCCAAAAAGUGAACAUUCAGAGUUACAAGACAGUCAAGAAUACGAAGCUGAAUACAAUUGGGAACUCAAACCCAAUAAAUUUUUCUUCAAUGUGGAAUCAUCUGGAGCAUUGAAGCCAGAAAAUAUUGUGACAAUGGGUGUUGCUGUUCUAAAAAAUAAAUUAUCAAAUCUUCAAACACAGUUGAGCCUUGAAAUGGAAAGUGAUGUUUUAGCUAUUACUCAUUAAAAGGUUAACAUAUCAUAAAUAUUAUUUUGUAACUUAACCAUAAGAAUAA